AUGAGCGAGAUCUUUGCUGAAGCUGAAACAGAUGGAAUACUUCUAAUCGACGCAAGUAAUGCUUUCAACCAAAUGAAUCGCUCCGUGGCAAUGCAUAACAUCCAGAUUACUUGUAAUGAAAUCUCGCAGUAUCUUAUCAACACCUAUAGAAGUCCUUCUAGACUUUUUAUUUGUGGUGGAGGGGAAAUACUGUCUCAAGAAGGCACCACUCAAGGUGACCCUUUGGCCAUGCCUUGGUAUUCAAUCAAUACAUCAACCAUCAUACAAUCACUGAGACUCGCUAGCCCAGACGUCAAGCAAGUUUGGUUGGCUGAUGACUCAGCAGGGGGAGGAACGAUUGCAGCGCUUUAUAGUUGGUAUCGUUAUCUGUGUGAAGAAGGCUUGAAGUAUGGAUACCAUGUAAACGGUUCUAAGAGCUGGCUGAUUGUUAAAUCACAACUUCUGGCGUCAGAAGCAGAACGGGUGUUUGGAAGCGAGGUGAAAAUAACAACUGAAGGAAGGCGACAUCUGGGCGCAGUUAUUGGUUCUACAAAUUACAAAGAAGAGUACUGCAACGAAAAGGUCAACAGUUGGAGAGAAGAAAUCGAAGCACUAAGUGAUAUUGCAAAAAGUCAACCUCAUUCAGCCUAUGUUGCUUUCACAAAGGGCUUCAAAUCGAAGUUUAGAUAUUUUAUGCGAACGAUAAGCUCCUUUGAAGAUUAUAUUAACCCUAUCGAGGAAGCCAUAAGUGAGUUGUUUCUCCCAGCCUUGUUCGGCCAAGAAGAGCCCCUGCCUGAUGAAUUGCACGAAGUUAUCACACUGUCCCCUGCACAAGGAGGUUUAGGGAUACCUGCAUUAAGUGAAGAAGCGCCACAACAGUACGCAGCAUCGACGUCAAUAACACGUCCACAUGUGGAGGCAAUAUUAUCGCAAUGCACUUCCAUGCCAGAGAUCACUAACGAGAUAAAAAACGAACAGCAGUCAAUCAAGAGGGCAAAUGCCAAUGCAAAAAGAGAACGUAUCGACGAGUCUCUCCCAGCCGAUCUCCUACUUUUUGUUAAACAAGCGCGGGAUAAAGGAGCAAGCUCAUGGUUAAAUGCUAUACCGGUUGAAGAACAAGGUUUGACCCUCAACAAAGAAGAAUUUAAGGAUUCGAUAAGAAUGCGGUAUGGCAUGCCAUUGCCUGACUUGCCAAGUCAUUGCGUUUGUGGGUCUGCAUUUUCCGUCAACCACGCAUUAUCGUGUAAAAGAGGAGGUUUUGUGGUCCGAAGGCAUGACGGUGUUCGUGAUUUACUGACCACGCUGCUCAGCAGAGUAUGCAACAACGUGGAAGCCGAACCGAAAAUCAUGCCAUUGGACAAUGAACAAUUCCGUUUACAGUCCACCAACAGAAGCCCGGAUGCGCGAUUUGAUAUCAAAGCUGGCGAGUUUUGGGCAAGAGGAGUUACAUCAUUUUUUGACGUCCGUGUAUCGCAUGUAAACUCCCAAUGUCAUCAAAACAAAGCCACAUCUGAUAUCUUUAAGGAACAAGAAGCCGAGAAGAAAAGAAAGUACCAACAGAGAAUCUUAGACGUGGAAAUGGGAACAUUUACGCCUUUAGUCUUUGGAACGAAUGGAGGAGUUGGAGACGAAUGCCAGAAAUUCUUAAAGCAUCUUGCCGAGAAAUUGUCGAGGAAAAACGGAGAAGAUUACGCAACAGUUAUUACCUGGAUCAGAACAAGAUUGUCUUUCGAAAUAUUGAAAUCCGUGCAUUUGUGCACGAGAGGAUCCAGAUCGCCAUUUCGUGCGAAAGAUGAACAUAUAGACGAGUUCAAAUUAAACUCUGUUACAGCAGAGGUUUUUUAA